UCCGCUCUGCGAAAUUUCCACGCAAUUCGGCGCACAAAUCACCCCACUGGUCCCAAUCACCCCGCCCACGGACCUUGAUCCACGUUGAUGCGUGUCAACCCGGUCAAUCACCUGCUUUGGCACGCGCGAUCCGCACGAGCUUGUCGUCGUCGAGCCAGCUAGCUAGCGGUCGUCAUAGCUCACACGCUUCGAGUACCGGUCGUGCCUUGGUCGCGCGGCCUCAGCUGCGUGCGUUCGCUGGGAAAGAGUGAAACGGAGUGUCGAAGCUGCGGCGUGCUCAUUUUUUCGCUCGCGGUUUGCGAGUAUCUCAAGUAUAUAGCAUUCGUACGUACAGGUGAACGCGGUACACCCGUGUAUCUCGCGGGAGCACGCGGCUAAAUCAAUUUUGCCGACGAGCGGAAAGGACUUCCGCAAGGGACCUCCCGCCCCCUCGUCGCAGCGCGGAACGUGCGUUCGCACGCAACGCAUGACCGGGGAAUCGGGCGAAGAGGUCACGGUGGAUCGCAUCCCGCACGAGUCCCACGAGGAUUCUGCGGAGACGCGCGUGACCGGUGCGGGCGGUAAUUAAUCUCCCGGUUGCUCCAGCAAUCGAACCGGUUACCGAUAUUGGAUGGCCGCGCUUCGGCGAGCCGAAGGUCAUCACGGGAGAUUGGGCAUCCCCCGGGGGUGAGAUUGCGCGGCGGAAGGGUAGCGGCGGCAGCCGGCGUAUGCGAUGGACGAUCUUUCUUCGUUCGUGUGCACGCGCGAGCGACACGGGGGAUACGCGGUCUCCCCCUCCGCGUUCGGGACACUAUCGUAAUCAGUUAAUAUCCGGACGUUAAGCGGUUUUGUCGAUCGGCGAACUGGCGAUAUUCGGGACGGCAUGUCAUCGCCAGGCACACGGUGUACGACAAUUCGGUGGCGGCAGGUGCGCGGGAUAAUUUGCCGGUGGUGCUGUCGCGAUCAAUUCCUUUCCCGGGGAGGACCGUGAGACCUGUUCGCUCUUCCUCGUCGCUUAGGGGGAGCGAUUACGAGGUUGGCACGCGAGAGCGCAGAACGCAAGAAGAGAAAUCAGAAGCGAUUGCGGAUCGAUAGGUAUGUCUCUUGGUUUGCGGUGUAGCUUUGGGAUUCUGUUACUGCCGUUACUGCGCUGGACGGGAUUGGAAUUUCUGAUGAAGCUUCGGUGAGAUUAGAAAGAUUCGAAACUGAAAUUCAAUUCUCUCGAUACAACCAUUAUCAUGCUCGAACAAUUUUACGGCCGAACUUGAUGGACUCGAGCGAGGGAGUUAAAGUUGAAAUUAAUUAAUUUUCAGGAGUGCAUUGUACGUAAAUAACGACAAUUAAUUGGCCGCUAUGUAGAAUCAAUUAAUUUAGUUUACUGUAACGUUAAAGCAAGUCAUAUUAAAAUAUCGACAUUUCAGAAUGUAGUACGUGUAAAGCGUAAAGGAACGGGAGCCAUAAUCAGUUUUGUGGUCGUUGACAUUCACGUGCGUACACGCGUAAAGCCUCGAUAUUUGCGUUAAUUGUAUUAAAAUUGAUCAAAUGUUGGAUUAUUGCGCUGCUACACCGUGCGCCGACACCCCACAUUACACGAUAGCAGCACGUUAAUAUGAUAUUCGAUUCAUCAUUAUUGCAAUUAAUGGAAAUAAUGGAAAUAAUGGAACUUACACAUUUGCACAAGCAAAAGCGCGGAUGUGUCUUUUGCUUCCGUUUCGCGGAUGCUUCAUGAAAUUUUACACAGUACGUCACGCUGUGGCAGACUUCACCGAAGGGUGAUCGACAGAUAACGGUGUGCUCUCUACCGAGAAUGAAAAAUAAAUGUCGUACUUUAGGCGGACACCCUCGCGAUCAAAGGCGACAAACGCGCGACGUGCAACUAAGCCUACUUUUCGCCGGAGUUAAUUAGUCGUAGCAAUAAAAAAGUAUCACGCUCUCUCUCUCUCAAUUUUAUCUAUUUAAUCUAUCUAAUUACUCCAUGACGAAACGUAAUGAAAUUAUGAAUGGAUUAAGUAGCGGUGCAACGUAGCUCUCCAUGCCGCUUUAAUUAAGUCGCGUGACGCGAUUGCAACGAGUUAAGCUACCCCCCUCGGCUAAGGAAAAAUAAACCUCCGAUCAUCUGCGGGACGCAAUUGCCGUGAACCCAGGAUAAAAUUCGCGACGCACAGAAUCAUACUUGUUCCUUCUUAAUGGCAGCAUUAUUUUUAUACCGCUGGCUUUAGACUCACUCCCGCCUGGUAUUUAAAUUCAAUAUCAUGCUAAUGACUUCAAUAUUUAGAUUGCUUUAAUCGUUAUUCCCAAUGCUGAAUUUAUCCGAUGCGAUUAAGAGCGUCAAUAAAAAUUUUACGCUUACACAAUUUCUCGUUUGUGACCGCGGAACACACACACACCAACACAUAUAGAUACACAUAUUACAUUUACGCGCGACACAUUAAGAAAUCGGAGAAUAAUUGCGGUUUGGAUGCAAUCUACGGAUAUGAACUUAUCGUUCGAUAUAACAAGUAUAUUACUGUUCGCGAUAAGUCGCGGGAAUAGAGAGUGUCCCGGGUUGCUCGUUCACGACAGGGAGGGAGGGAGAAAGAGAGAGGGACAGAGGAAGAGAUGCAGAGGGUGAGGAAGAGAGAGAAAGUGAGGGGCGGAAAAGGGAUACCUGAGCGCCCAUUAUCGGCGAAAUCCAUCUUACAAACGAUCACAUCAACGAGAAUCAUUCAACGGUCUGCCUGAUUCUUAAACCGUACUCCAUUACACGAAUGUACUUCUCUUCCAUUUAUAAUGGACAGAUAUAAAGCUUUAAAGUUGAUAUUGAUACUCUUUCUGUAAUUGCCAUACACGCGUGCACACACGCACAUAUAUUAUACACAAGAUGAUAUAUUAUAUUUUCAAUAAAUUCGACAUGUUUGAUCACGAUUUAGAGAAGCUUUGGAUAAUGUCGAGUUAUUAAUUUAACGAGUAGAUUUUACACACGAAAUGGUCCGUAUAAUGUAACAGGUACAAGGGCGUGCAAGGAUAAAAAUCGUUUUGUUCACAGCUCUCAAGCAUUGCCCACUGAACAUUCACUUCGAUGAGCGUUCUUUAGAUAUAUAUCUUCAACACCACGGUUCAGCACCACGGUUGCUUUCUUUCUCUUUCUCUCUCUCUCGUCUUGCGAAAGAUAAAAAUUUUUCUCUCGACAAACAAGGCUUCGCGAAACGUCCAAAGGACUAAAGUGAGCGACGCUAAGCUAAACAGCGAUGCGCAUGACCGACCAAUUCCGGCAAGAAUAGACCAUCACCGCGCACACUUGGUCAAUUUUUUACUGCUCCCGACUGCUCCCAAAUUUGUUUUUGGGAUCGAUAAGAGGAAGCAUAUAUCGGGUUUGUUCCAUAGAUUCCUCCGAACCUGCUUCCGGGAGAGGAGAGUGAGAGAAAUAGAGAGAAAGAGAAAAACAGAGAGGGAGAGAGAGAGAGAGAGUGAGCAUUCGAUGACGAAAGCCUCGGUAGCUCUCGGGAAAACAAAUUCGCAGGCGAUGCCGGAGCAAUCGCGUGAAAAAUUGACAAACUACGCGCGAUUCUGUCUGCCCUGCUCCCCAUUUUUAGAUCUCGAACUGAACAACUAGCGUUUUAUUUUUGACAGUUUCGUUAUUCGAUAUUGAUCGAGCGUUGCGGAAUGUGAUAGUGCGGUCGCGGGUGGCGGCUGGUUCGGCGAGAUUAAUUAUUUAGAGACAAUCGGUUCGACGGCGAUUUAUAUUUCCCAUGGGCCAAAGGGUGUUGCAAUAUGCAUGCAUCCGCAUGUAUAAGUGUAGCAUAACAAAAUCGACGGCGACGGUAAUAUUUUCCUAUGUACCCAGUAACUGUGAAUUUCGAAAAAAUUUAUAAAUUUUGCGCGGCGCGGCUUGGAUUCGUAGGCUUGAUAAAUUAUCUUUGCAAACGCAUCCUCUUAUUCGCCAACACGUGAGUCAUCUUCACCGUUGUGUUUUCUUUUAAUCUGGAACGUGAUUAAAAGUUGCGCAUUCUGCAGAGUUGAAUUUCACGUACAAAAAUCUCACCUUUUUCGCAAGAGCGAAAAUGCGAUUAAUCGAAACGCGCUACCAUGCACGAAAUUUUUGUUGAAUAUUACACGCACGCGAAAGGUGCAUUUAACGGGCGAUGGCGGCGCACGGGUCCCGAGUAAAUGCUCGCGCGUUCGAUAUCUCGGCAACGUAAUAAACACAGCCGAGCUAAAUUGAGAAAAUUAUAUUCCUCUUCUCCCGUCGGCGAGUGCUUUUACAUUAUCGAAGCUGAAAAGGCGGCUAAGUGUUUGUGUACCCUGAAGAUCCCGGGAGCAGUAACGGUGCUGACAGUGGCACACGGCACCACCGCCGGGGGUAUUCGGUUAAAGUGGCUAUGCGCAUGCCGAAGUACUGGAGAUAGAGGGUUGAACUAACAACCGUUCCUCCCUCCCUCCAUCCUCGGCAAAAACUUUGAAUACUAUGAGACACCCCGUACCGGAAGGGAGAAGAAUUACUCGGACGGAACAAGGAGUAAUCGUCGUCGACGUCGCCGCUGUGCGGCGCGAAUUAAAAAUAGACACUGGCACUCUUAGGAGUGCCUCUGGAGAACAAUCAUACCCCUUUGAAGGUCUUUGAAAUUGUGAUGGCUCAGGGCACAAUGGGGUGUAACCAACGCGGGGCGAAAUCUCAAGGAGACAUGGAAAAAAAGUUGGGAAAAACUCGGUGAAUUGUUCGACCGUUCUCGCGAGGCAGCACGUUCACGGCGUGUGCCGCGGUUUCCAAAUACGGCACGUCGUUUACCACCGGACGUACCCGGAGCUCUUUGGGGGAGUCUCUUGAAACCGGAAAUUGAAUACGACCGUUUACUGUGCAAUAACGCGCUUCAUACGAGACCACUUAAACAGCAAUUAUACACAACCGGGAGACGUCAGUUGUGACGGCAAUGAAACACAGUCGACGUUAAGGUGCUAUCGUCUGGAAUGAAACAUUGAGAUAAAGGCCUGCGCGCACAUUACCGGAGUGCAACAUUUACGACGACGAAGUCUCUACGGCAUUCCUCGAACUCGAACUCGCAAUAAAGAAGCGAUACACACACGCUCGACGUGUCCCUAUACGAAAUAUCGGCAGUUACCGAGUUUGCUGUCGUCCUCCUGUCGAAUGUCGAACGCACGAAGCUCCGUUUGAGUUUCUGCAGGGACGAAAGCCGAUCUAUUCACUUAACAGGUUUAAAUUCGUAAAGAGCGUCGAUCAGCUCAGUUCUGAUUGCGCAAGAAGCAGAUGUGCAUCACUGAAGCAGAAUCACUGGAGAUCAGUACUGAACACUCAUCUCGCUCAUUACGUUUAAGAUGAUUCCUCAUGGAUUCUCACGAGCUCGAUACUAGCAAGAUUAUUACCGAUCGUUCUCGUGAGUGGUCAUGUUUCGCACCGGUGUUCAUCGGUUCGACGUCUUUCUGAAAGUUCGCGCAAAGACGAUCGCGAUCGCGUAAAGGUGUCCCGAUCGAGAUGCGACACGCGACACUUCGUUCUUGAACGCGCAGGCGAUCAUCGACAAAUCGAUUGCGCCGGUCUGUGCCGAGUGUCUGCUUCCGGUGCCGUUUCUUGUCUCGUGAUGCGAGCGGAAGUCAGGAAACGAACGGCGACGAGCGUCGCGUCCGGUUUAUCGUCGGGGCUGCAUCCGGCGACCCGGAAGGGCACGAGAUGAAAGCACGCGCGUCCGCAUCGCGAGAUGCCGUUGGCACUGGCUGGAUGAGGAAGCGAGGACGGAGCGGGAUGAGGACCACCGAAGGUGAGACGUCCGGCGGCGGCCGAGGUCGUCCGUUGACGAUGUUGCUGGCCACGAUCACGUGUUGCUGCUGGUUGUUGCUGAUCGGCGAGUGCACCGGCCAGAAACCGAUCAACCUCGGCGGCAGCAAGAAGCGCGACGUGUACAUCGCCGGCUUCUUCCCGUACGGCAAUCAUGUGCCGGAAGGCCACAUAGGCCGCGGCGUCAUGCCCGCGGUGAAGCUCGCGGUGGAGCACAUCAACGAGCACCCCACGAUACUCAGGGACUACCGACUGCACAUGUGGUGGAACGACACAGAGUGUAGCGCCGCUGUGGGGAUGAAGGCAUUCUUCGACAUGAUGCACAACGGGCCGCACAAGGUAAUACUCUUCGGUGGUGCUUGCACGCAGGUCACGGACCCGAUAGCGAAAGCCUCGAAACACUGGCGCCUGACGCAGCUCAGCUACGCGGACACCCAUCCUAUGUUUACAACCAACAGCUUCCCUAAUUUCUUCAGGGUCGUGCCAUCCGAGAACGCCCUGAAUGCGCCUCGAGUAGCACUGCUGUUACAUUUCAACUGGACCCGAGUCGGCACGAUUUAUCAAAACGAGCCUAGAUACUCACUGGUGCACAAUCGGUUGGUCGCCGACCUGGACGAGAGCAAAAUGGAACUCGUGGAGACGCUAAGUUUCGCCACGGAAGUGACGACCGCCCUGGCGAAGCUGAAGGAGAGGGACGUGAGGAUUCUCCUGGGUAACUUCAACGAGGUCUGGGCUAGGCGGAUAUUUUGCGAGGCCUACAAGUUCGGUCUGUACGGCAGGAAGUACCAGUGGGUCAUAAUCGGGACUUACACGAGAGAAUGGUGGUUGCGCCCUGAUGGCGGAUGCGCCCCUUCCGAGUUAGCCAAGGCCCUGCACGGUGUCAUCUUGACGGAUCUGCUGCCGCUGACGACCGAAGAACAGCACACCACCUCCGGAAUCACUCCGGACCAAUAUCAGAUCGAAUACGACUCGAGGCGAGGGUCUGAAUACUCCAGGUUCCACGGAUACACGUACGAUGGUAUCUGGACGGUCGCGCUGGCUGUAAAACAAGUCGCGCGCAGGAUACGACACUUCCACCGUAACCAGACUAUAUCCGACUUUCGGUACAGAGACGUAUUAUGGGAGAAGCUCUUCCUUGACGCCCUAAGGAAUACAAGCUUCGACGGUGUCACGGGACCGGUCCGCUUUUACGAUAACGAGAGGAAAGCGUACAUACUUCUAAAACAAUUCCAAGAGGAUAAGGAGGUAAACGUGGGCGAGUACGAUAGCAUUACCGGCGUUCUGGAUCUGACCAGAGGGGAGGCACUGCUAUGGAAUGGUAGAUCGCCACCGAAGGACAGAACCGUGCGCAUCAUCGAGCAUUCCACCGUGGACAUCACGUUGUAUGCGGUGCUAGCCUCGGCCGCUAGUGUCGGUAUCGUCUUGGCAUCCAUAUUUCUCGCCAUCAAUAUCAGAUACAGAAAUCAAAGAUACAUCAAAAUGUCAUCGCCGCACCUGAACAACCUCAUCAUCAUCGGUUGCAUUCUGACCUACAGCAGCGUCAUUGUCCUCGGACUGGACUCACAGUUGUCCAGCGUAACGGCGUUCCCGUACAUCUGCGCUGCUCGUGCGUGGCUGCUGAUGGCCGGUUUUUCGUUGGCCUUCGGCUCCAUGUUCUCGAAAACAUGGCGCGUACACUCCAUAUUCACGGAUGUUAAGCUCAACAAGAAGGUGAUAAAAGAUUAUCAAUUGUUCAUGGUGGUCUUCAUAUUGUUGAUCGUCGAUUUUACAAUAAUGAUCACGUGGCAAGUGGCCGAUCCGUUCUACCGGGCGAUCAAGCAAAUGGAGCCCUAUCAUCACCCUUCCAGCGAGGACAUAAUAAUCAUCCCGGAAAACGAGUAUUGUCAGAGCAAUAAAAUGAAUAUUUAUCUGCUUUGCAUAUAUACAUAUAAAGGCCUUUUAAUGAUAUUCGGUGCCUUCCUGGCAUGGGAAACGCGGCACGUUAGUAUACCGGCGUUAAACGACAGCAAAUACGUGGGGAUGAGCGUGUACAACGUUGUUAUAAUGUGCGUCACCGGUGCGGCUAUAAGCUUCGUGCUGACUGAUAAACAGGACGCCAUGUUCAUAAUGUUGUCGGUGUUCAUUAUAUUUUGUAGUACAGCCACUCUUUGUCUGGUUUUUAUUCCUAAGGUAAUAGAGUUACACAGAAAUCCACAAGGGGUGAUAAAUAAGCGGACCAGGGCGACUCUAAGGCCGAUGUUGAAGAUACGAAGGGACUCGACUGUCAGCGAGCUCGAUGAACGUUUGAAGGAGGCGAAACUAGCGAAUAAAAAAUUCCGGAAGACACUGUUGCAAAAGGACUCUGAGCUUCAGGGAUUUUUAAGGCAAAUGGGCGAAGAGCCUGUGACUGAAACGCAAGAGGCGAUCGAUACGCUGCCUGUUCCAAAGCCGGAGGAAACUGUUAAAAAGGAAGGACCAUCGAUAACCACAGAAACAACUGAUAUUUCGAUGUCCAUGUGUAGUUUAAAUUCGUCAACUUCGCAGCCGGAGGGUGAUUAUGUCAAUGUGGAUCAAGUGACAAAGAAAAGGGCAUCGCUUUCGAAAGCUACAUCGAUCAGCAUCGACAACGAAAGAGUGGCUGUAGCAGCCCAGUCUAUCGAGGAGAGCACUUCCCCGAGCGCUGAGACGGCGGUGGACAUGCUACCGCCGCCACCGACGAGGACGACGGCGGCGGCGAUAGCGACGGCGAUGAUGAAGGCGGUGACACCGACGACGACGAUGACGACGAUAAAGAUAACAACGCCCACAUCGACGACCACCACGAUGACGACGACGAUACCGCACAUGCAGCACACAUGCGGCUUGUCGCGACGUAAGAGCGUCUCCGGCGAGGCCGGCAGGGAAGGCGAACCAUUGCUGAUCCGCAAUAUCGCAAGGAGUCCGGAACCGCUGCCGAAGGAGAUGGUGACCACACGCUACGACUUUGUGCCGCCGGUCGUUGAGGAGAGCGACUCCGUCAUCCUGGAGGAAACUGAAAUCGCGAAGCAUGUGUGUCACGUGAGAAGAAGAAGCAGGGACGAGCGCAGGGCGAAGCUGUCAACGCCGCCGCCGACGAAGAACGUCUCCUUCGGCGAGCUCCACGAGCAGAGUUACAUCGAGCAAGUGAUCAUGCCAUUCCCGUUGCAGUACAUGCCAAACCAUCGGCACGACAAAUACGAAGACUCAAUGAUCAUCCAGCGUUCCAUGUCGGAGCGUUCACGGGAAAAGUGCCUACGGCUGCACAUCGGUGGCGGUCACCCCAUCGUCGAGUGCUCGCAUCGCGUCGCGCGCCGGAUGUGCCGGCAUGCGGGCGCAAAGUUGCGCCAUCAGGCGCGGUUAGAAUAUGUGCAAAGCACCCCAAACGUAGCAACGAUGCACAACGGCAAACACAUGGCGACGCGUGGCGGAACCGGCGACGUAAACGGUGGUUCCGCGGUAAACGUUUCGAAAAUGUACAGCGCUGUAUCGGACGGUGAACUGCUGGACCUGACAAUUCUACCAAUCUUUCAGAAGCUCCUCACCGAGCGGCACAAGAGCACUGCCAGGCGCGGCUAUCGCUCGAACAUAGCUAGUUGCCCGAAUAUAUCCAUCAAGUGCGACAUCGUCGAGUACCUUUAA